AUGGGGAAGACAGACAGGCGCGCCAAGCUGGCCGAGCUGAAGGCUCUCCGGCAGGCGGGCAAGAAGGCUUUCGACAACUACCAAGUCGACGAUAUCAACGAACUUUACGAAGAGGUCGAUGAAACGCAGUACAAGAAAAUAGUACGUGAUCGUCUCAACGAAGAUGACUUUGUCGUAGACGACAACGGCGAGGGCUAUGCCGACGACGGCCGCGAAGAAUGGGAUCGUGUGCAGCAGUACCACUACGCUUCUGACAGCGAAGAAGAUGGGUCCGGCGCCAGGGGAAGGCCAACAAAAGCUUCCAAGAAGAAACAAGCCGACGACGCAGCCAGGCGGGAGGCGAAUGAUCGAGACAUCAGUACAUACUUCACCAGUGGUGCCGGCAAGACGCAAGCGAAACCAAAGGUUGCGAAAACGAAGGAAGACGACGACUUCCUCGCAGAUCUCCUCGGUGAGGUCGACACCAAUGUUCCCGCUCCAGUGCCCCGUUCCACGAAACGUCACCGAUCACCCGAUCGCCAACAACGGAGAGUUCGAGUCGCUUCUCCCCCGCCACAUGAGCGGUCCCAACCGUUGGCGAAACGAAGUAAGAUUCGGGAUGAUCGACCAUCGUCCCCUCCUGCUGCGGACGAUAUGCUCGUGGACGACAAUUCUGUUCCCACCAUGGACGACGACGAACUGCCGACCCAAUUUCCCAUGGGCGACCCUGCACCCUCUUCGCCGGCAGCCAAAGUCGCAGAGCGCAAGGCUCAGAUUAAGAAAGAGCCCGACGAUGACGAUGACGACAUGAUGGAGGUCGCUCAUGCCGGCACCGUUACUGCUGCCAGUGUCAAUAUUACUGGGUCCAGACCACCCAAGAAGUUGAUCAAGCCCGAGCCCUACCCAGCACCCAUCACGUCAUCACCUGUCAAGCAAGAAUCAGCUAUUGACCCAUCCGCGUGGAACGACAUUACAAACAACCUCAAUAUCGUCAGCAACUCGGUCUCGGAAGUCAAGAGCAUCCGCAAGAUCGACUACAAGGACGCCAUCGAAGAAGAUGGUAGCCUGAACAUGUUUUGGACAGACUACACCGAAGUCAGUGGCAGCUUGUGUCUCUUCGGCAAAGUCCUGAACAAGAAGACUGGCCAGCAUGUCAGCUGUUUCGUCAAAAUCGACAACAUUCUGCGCAAGCUCUUCUUUCUACCACGCGAGACUCGCGUGCAGGGUGGUAUCGAUACGUGCGACGAGGUUGGCAUGGUGGACGUGUACAGUGAAGUGGACGCCCUCAUGACUAAGAUGAAAAUUGGCAAGUACAAGACCAAGUCUUGCAACCGAAAGUACGCUUUCGAACUACCAGACAUUCCCAAGGAAGGCCAGUAUCUCAAGUGCCUGUACCCCUACAGUAUGGCGCCUGUUGAUGCUGGCGAAACGGGCGAGACCUUCUCGCACGUUUUUGGCACCAACACGGCACUCUUUGAGCAGUUUGUUCUCUGGAAGAACAUCAUGGGGCCUUGCUGGCUGAACAUCAAGGAUGCCGACUUCAGCUCACUCCAAAAUGCCUCUCACUGCAAGCUCGAAGUCCUCGUUGAGCACCCGAAUAUGGUCGCAUCUCUCCGUGAUUCGGAGAACCUCGAUACUCCUCCACUGACCCUCAUGAGUCUUGCUAUGCGAACGACUUUCAAUGCUAAAGACAACAAACUCGAGAUUCUGGCUCUUAGCGCUAGAGUCUACGAAAAGGUCUCGCUGAGUGACACCACUCCAGCUGAGAAACUGCCGUGCCGGACCUUCACUCUCGUCAGGCCGAAUGGGUCAGCCUUCCCUGGCGGAUUUGAGAAGCUAGCCAAAGACAGGAGCAACAAAGGUCUAAUCAAGACGUUCAAGCAAGAGUCGGAAAUUCUCAUGUUUUUCCUUGCUCAGCUCGACAUAGUGGAUCCUGACGUGAUAUUGGGCCAUCAGCUCGAAGGCGUGGAUUACAGCGUUCUGCUCAACCGGAUUCACGAGAAGAAGACACCGCAGUGGUCUCGUCUCGGUCGCCUGCGACGAACUGUAUGGCCUUCUUCCAUUGGAAAGACUGGUGGAAACGUUUUCGCCGAGAGGCAAGUCAUGUCAGGACGCCUUCUUUGCGACUUGGCCAACGAUGCCGGUAAAUCUGCCAUGUACAAGUGUCAGUCGUGGAGCUUGACGGAAAUGUGCAGCCUGUAUCUCUCGGGAAACAACCAUCGCCGAGAGCUCGACAAUGAUGCCGCGCUCAAGACCUGGGCUUCCCACUCGAAAGAAGGAUUCAUGGACUACGUCACCCAUAUCGAGGCGGACACGUACUUCAUUGCAGCCCUGGCCUUACAAGUUCAGCUGCUGCCGCUGACGAAGGUCCUCACGAACUUGGCUGGUAACUCCUGGGCCAGGACACUGACCGGAACUCGUGCUGAGCGAAACGAAUACAUUUUGCUCCAUGAGUUCCAUCGAAACAAGUAUAUUUGCCCCGACAAACAAGGCUUCCAGAGGGGCAAGGGCGCCAAGGAGGACGAAGAGGGCGACAGCAAGAAGAAGGACAAGUUCAAGGGUGGCUUGGUGUUUGAUCCCGAAAAGGGUCUGUACGACAAGUUCGUCCUUGUCAUGGACUUCAACUCUCUAUACCCGUCCAUCAUUCAAGAGUUCAACAUUUGCUUCACCACUGUCGAUCGAACCGCAAAACUUGAGGAUGAGGAAGAAGUACCCGAGGUUCCCGUGGACCAAGAGCAAGGUAUCCUACCCAAGCUUAUUGCCACGCUCGUCAGCAGAAGAAAGCAAGUCAAGAGCCUCAUGAAGGAUAAGACUGCGACGCCCGAGCAGCUCGCUACUUGGGACAUCAAGCAGCUUGCCCUGAAGCUCACAGCCAAUUCUAUGUACGGCUGUUUGGGUUACACCAAGUCUCGAUUCUACGCCCGUCCCCUCGCCGUCUUGACGACGUACAAAGGUCGUGAGAUCCUCCGAAGCACUAAGGAACUGGCCGAGAGCAGAGCUCUCCAAGUCAUUUACGGCGACACGGAUUCCGUCAUGAUCAAUGCCAACGUCGAGAAUGUGGCGGAUGCUUUUAAAGUCGGCGCCGAGUUCAAAAAGGCUGUCAACGAGCGGUACAGGCUGCUUGAGAUUGACAUUGAUAAUGUCUUCCGACGCAUUCUGUUGCAAGCAAAGAAGAAGUAUGCUGCCAUCAACCUUGUCGAGAACAAUGGCAAGUACAUUGAGAAGAUGGAAGUGAAGGGUCUCGACAUGAAGCGUCGCGAGUACUGUGGGCUCUCAAAGGAGAUUUCUGGGAAACUUCUUGACGAGAUCCUCUCUGGCGAGGACACAGAGGUGUCAAUUUCGCGCAUUCACGACUAUCUACGUGAGAUCGCCGCCAAGAUGAGGGAACAAUCGAUUCCCGCACAGAAGUACAUCAUUUUCACACAGCUUGGAAAGGGCCCGAAGGAGUACCCCAAUGGCGACACGAUGCCUCAGGUCCAGGUCGCGCUUCGUGACAUCGCUCGCGGCAAGAACGUUCGCAAGGGCGACGUUAUCAGCUACAUCAUCACAGGCGACGGGCAGAGCUCUGAGCCCGCGCCCAAGCGAGCGUACACGCCUUCUGAUGUACUCAAGCCCGAGUCGGGACUUGCACCAGAUGUCGAGUGGUACAUUGCGAAGCAAAUCUUCCCCCCCGUGGAGCGUCUCUGCGCCAACAUUGUCGGCACCUCGACGAUGCAACUGGCGGAGUGUCUGGGACUGGACAUCAAGCGAUACGACACGUCGAGGAGACGUGACGACGGCGUAGAGAAGGAUAUGGAGGUUCAUCCUCUCGAGUCCCAGAUUCCAGACGAUGUUCGCUUUGCCGACUGCACCCGCCUCAGCCUUCGCUGCCGCACAUGCAAAAAGUCGUCUGUUUUCGAAGGCCUCUACAGCCAGCCAACACGAGUCUCUCCCGCUGGCGUCCUCUGCGACCACUGUGGCGCAACCAUCAGCCCCCUUUCGGUCGUCGCACAGGUAGAGCAUGCGAUCCGAGUCCAGACAGCCCGCUAUUACGAAGGCUGGCUUAUAUGCGACGACUCAUCGUGCGGCAUACGUACGCGCCAGAUGAACGUCUACGGCACGCGCUGUCUGGGCCCUAAGGGCCUCGCGCGAGACUGCCUAGGCCGUAUGCGUUAUGACUACUCUGAGAAGGCAAUCUACAACCAGCUCGUUUACUUCACCAGUCUCUGGGAUGUCGACAAGGCACGCGACAAGGCCAUUGCGGCCGCCGCGCCAAGCUCGGAGGAGGCUCUAUCGCAGGCGGACCGGGAAAAUAUCUUGGCUCUAGCGGAGCACAACCGGGUGCGCUUCGGCACCGUCAAGGGUGUCGUUGAUAAAUAUCUCGACAAGUGCGGCAGGCAAUGGGUGGCGAUGGACACAUUAUUCGCCAAGCUGGGGUUCAGCAAGGCUCUGGCGCCAGCUGCGUGA